AAAGUUCGUUUAGAUCUGGUCCGAUCUACAUUGAAACAACUAUAACCACUGACGGCAGGAUCCGACGGUACCCCUAUUCUCAACGCAACCUGGCACCUCGUCAACACGGUUUCCUCCCAGUUUGACAGUCAUCCGCCGAUGAGUCAACUGGUUUCUUUACGACGUAAUGAAAGAUUCGACCAUUGGGAAAAUAAGAGGAUCGAAGCAAUUUAUUCAGCCUUAUGUUUCUUGCUUCAUUUAUCGCUUCGGUCAGUGCAUAUCUAGGAAUCCAUGGUACUUUAUACUCGUUUUUACGGUGCUUUCUAUGACCGGAAUAUACCCUGCACUGGUCGCUCUUAAACAAACAAUUAAUGAUCCAGCAUUAUCAAGUUGGUCUUCAUGGGUGGCUGAAGACGCCAAUGCUUCACCGAAUGUUGCAGUAAAGCAACUAAUAAUGCUUCAUUCAAACAAUUCUAUGUCAGACAAUACAUUUCUUGAAGAUGUUCUCGAUUGGCAGAGACAUUUUGAUGAUUUGCUAGCUCAAAAUGACUUCCCGUGUAUUCAGAGGGAUGAAACAGCAUGUUUGACGUUAGACCCUAUACCAGAAUACAUGAAUACGCUGGAAAACCGAGUUUACAAUUUCUCGGUCACUGAUGUGAACACAUCAGCAUUGGAUAUGUUGUCUUACGAGACUGGUUCUACGAACGGUUCCACUGCAAAUAAUGACGCUACUGUUCGAGCUUACGUGCUCACGUAUUUCCUUCUGCAGGAGCACGUCGAUACAUUUGACAGGUUGCUUCAUGGUUGUUCCCUUUCAUCGGGCACGAAGCUUUAUACUAACGUCAUGGAUGAAGCACCGUCAACCAUAAUUGCACCCGUUGUUGGGAUGAUGUCGCCAACAUCUUGGUCUGUGAUAUUAACGAUCGCUCUUUUUCUUUUUACAUACAUGCAUAUUUCACUCGUCCGUCUUCAUGAUAUCAAAGCUAAGUUUGGGCUUACUGUCACAGUCUUUAUACAGGGCGUAACUUCUUGCUUGACCGCUUGUUCCAUUUUGUAUUUCUUUGAGCGCAGUGGCCCUAUUUAUCCCUUCCCUCUAGUAUAUCCAGUGAUCGUUGUUAUGGAUAUGGAAAACACGUUCCGCCUUAUUAAGAAUGUGAUAUCCUCGGUUCCUACGAAAUCAAUUUCCAUUCGUAUUACAGAAGGCUAUCUUCGUUCUUUUUUCCCUACGUUCUUGUCACUUGUAUCAAAACUUGUAACACUGCUGAUCUUAAGUUUUUUCUUGCAUCCAAUGGUACAGGAAUACUGUUUGUUUCUUGCGGCUGCACUUACUAUUGAUUUUAUACUACACAACUCAUUUUUUCUUGCUGUACUUAGUGUCGAUAUUCGUCGUCUUGAACUUCAAGACUUGCUUAAUGACUGUGUAUCGAAAGUGCGUUUCGAUUGCUGGGAUGCAUGGCUUGGUUAUUGUGCUGAGAAGCUUUGGUUUCCAUGGCUUUCCGAUAACGUCGGUACCAUAUCUAUAUAUUUGGGUGUCAUUUCUGCUCAGUAUAUCUAUACACAUAAGGUUUACGGAAGCUGGCAAUUAAAAUCACCGGAUCCGUAUUUUUUACUGUCGUUGGUUGGGCGGAUCGGCCGUGUGCUUAAAGAUAGACACAUUCUUCCACUUGUUAAAACCGGUUGGCUGGGACAGCCGGAAAUAAUUGACUUGCUUGCUAACGGUGCAGGCGUUGAGAAAGGCGACUUAACACUCUCGAUGUAUCGGCCAUUAGUUGGCGACCGCUUGCCAAGAACCGAGUUUCAAUCUGUGUACAAGUCCUUGUACGCUCGUCGUUUGUGGAGAUGGUCCACAUUCUUUUAUACAUUGUUGCUGGUCGACUUUGCAGUAGGAUUGCUUGUUAAAAUUCUUCUUCAUGGUUCCGAUGAUGAUGACCAAGAAGGCCUUCAGUCGCUUUUGCAAGAUGAGGUUCUCAGUAUAUAUCGGCUACCGACGCAUCAUUCGCUGGACGUUACGAGAUUAUCAAUUACGGCUAAUGGUGCCUUUCUUUUGAGUAUUGGCCUUGACCGGAAAGUGGUUGUAUGGAAUCUUUUGCAAAAUGAGUUGCUUGUUGAGCUUGAUGAUUACAAACUUCCUGAGGUAAUUAAAGCUGUUGCUUUAAACAGUUUGGGAACCUAUCUAGUGGUUUUUUCUGUUGAUCGUUUUUAUAUCUAUGAUACACAACUGGCCUCAAUUGUCGCGAAGGGCAAAUUCUCUACUCCAAAUAAUGUCCGACUUACAGCGUAUUGGCUUGACACGGAAGGAAAUAAUGACGAAGCACAACGAUUUGUAGCUAUAGCAGGUGAUGGGCAUGUGCAAUCUUUUGUAAUGACUCGAGAUGCGGAAAAGUUAACGUUACGUUCUGAUGCUGAUAUACUCAUUGGUUCUAUGGUUCGGAAAACUGUUUCUAUAAACGCUCGUGUUGGACAACGUUUUGUAUCACUUUCAGACGACGGUGUUGUCUUUGUUGCUUCCUAUGUGAGUUCUAAAUGGGUAUUCUCUAAGCUUGAAAUCCAAGGUCAAACAAAGCUGGCUGAGGAAAAGGUUGCUGAUAUAUGUGCUAUUGCGGGUGUCGAUGUUAUUUUGCUAGUCAAAGACAGUGGUAUUCAAAUGGUUGAGCUGACAACACGACAAGAGGUACACACAUUUGGCAUUUCAUGUGUGAAAGAAGGGACAUUACAUGCCGCCGUUAGUAAUCUUCGCGUCGUCAAGGGUGAGUAUCGUGUUUCAUCAGUCUCGCUCUGCUUUUUGCACAAGAAAACAGGUGCAUUGCAGUAUUAUCAUUACGCUCACGACGAUCCUGAGGCAUAUUCUAUUUUAUGUUACUAUGCACGACAAUCUAGUUUAAUGGAUUUGCAUGAUCCGGACGGUCCGAAUUUGGAAAAACGAAUUUCAAUCAUGCAGCAAACUGUUCGUGAGAAGUUUAAUUGUGGUAGCUGGGCUAUGACGACUGAUGGAUUAUCUGUAUUUGGUGUUCGCAGAAAAACUGCUUUCUCUCGACGCUGGCAGAGUUCAUCUUUGCGUCGUCGGCGGCGAUACUCUAUACAUCGUGCCGCCGUGGAUUCUUAUACGUCGCUGAAAGAGUUAGCAACUACUAAGUCACCUGCCGAUAAUGCAAGUCCUGAUGAGUACUGGGAAGUCUGGAUGCUUUCUCAGUCAGACGACGUUUCCCUUACAAGAAAAGUACCUUUACAGGACCAGUUGCUUAUUGCAAAUGCAGGACCAUCGCUGCAGCUUACUAAUCACUGUGUUGCGGUCGCUCUUGGUAAUGUAAUUAACAUUAUCGGGCUCGGCGGCAACAAUUUUGCCGAUCUUUUCCUUAAGAGUAUCAAUCAAGGUAACCGAGUCUUGCGACGGAGGCGACGAACGAAUUCCUUAAGAAACCAAACGACUUUGUGAUGACGAUUUUACGAAUGCUGCUUUAAAAAUACUUUCUCUUUUUCUCUUUGUUCCCCGUUUCCAUUUUCUCUUUUUCCUUUUCCUUUUGUUUUUGUGUAUGUAACAUAUCUGUUUUUCUAACAUGUGUAUAAAAAGUAUUUUACGCGAAUAUUAUUAGAAGUUCCAUAUAUAUACUUUAAUAAGGGAAUGUGUGUAUGAAGGAAGGGC